AUGAAAGAGUAGCAUAAAUUUACAGGCUUUUUGAACCAAUAAAAGUACUCUUCCCCCUCUAGACUUACAACUCUAAUGCUUCUCCUGGCUCUUUCUCAGAUCAUUCAAGCUUAGAAUCAAGAAUCUAACGGAUAAGAAGUUGCUUAAAAUACCAAGGACUUUAUCAAAGCAUUUAUGAAAGGCUUCCUAGGCGACAAUAGUGUGAAUAAUCAUGACUAAAAUCGCUUUGAUUCUAUUUUAUUAGGGCAAACUACAAAUCCUACUACAAUUAUAGACUAUAAUUUCAACCUUUUCGACCAGUUUUUGCAAGGUUUCAAAGCUACUACUUUUUCAAGUAACUUUUAUACAUGCUCUUCGAAAAUGAGACUAACCGCUAAUUAGUACAACUAAACCACAAUUGCCAAUAAAAAGAAUAAUGUGAAAGCUGUUGAUUAGUUGAUAUUUAGUUAUACAACCGUGUUGAGUACUACUACAGCUGACGCAGUUGGUGAGUGUUACACUACUGGCUAUAACGUUUAUAGCUAUUUCCUAAACAAAUUCUCACAAUUCAACAAUGGCUUUGUUUCUAUAAUGGAGGCUUUCCUUUAGAACCUACUGGGUAAUGCAAUUACUUUCAAUAAUUUGUAUAAUUCUAUCACUGCAGCUUAAAAAUCAAACAACACUAUGCAAGUUUACUUUUAAAUUGGAAGAUUACUGAAUCUGAUUCUAAUCUUUGAUCCUAUUGAAGAUUCACCACUAAGAUUAAAAGAGAGCAUACUAUCAGGGCAUGACGUAUUCACCCCUAAGUAUAUGGUGGAAGCAGAAUCAAUUUCUACAAUAUAUGCAAAAGCAUCAGCAUUUGGCUUUCAAUUUUUAAAUCAAUCAGUUGGAACCUCAUCUCCUAAUUCAUCCAUUUGUAAUGGAAAUAUCACUGUUCUUCAGAGGUCAAUUUAGCAGAUAAGAACUUAAGUGUAGUUCUAAUAUUAUGAUCAAAUGGGGAAGACUCUUAAGGAGUUGAUACAAACUACAGGUCCUUUGACAUAUGGAUGUUACUACAGUCUUUUCGAAUACUAUCAAAUAGUUGGAGACUAUUUCUCCACCGUAAUCAAUAUUGAUAAAACCUUCUACAAUGUAGUGCAUAAUCUUGGAAAAAUCUAUGAUAACACUGUAGAUAUUGUUGACAUCUUUAGGAAAGGAGACCCUACUACUGAGAACUAUUGGAAAAAUCUUGGCUACUACUUUGGAGAUUCUCUCAAUCAAGUUUUCUAUAAGCCAGAAAAUUAUGAUCCAUACAAAAAACCAACAAUAUGA